AUGCUUCUCACCCUGCGCAAAUCCCUGCGACAAGUCUUUCAAAUCCAGAGCACACGACAAGCUUAUCUAGACCUCAAUUUCGUACGAACGCGAUCCUUCUCAGUCAUGUCGUGGAUGGAUUCGUGGAGCCGACCAUCGGCCAACUCAAAAGUACCAGCACCAUUAUAUCUGAGCAAUGAAGAUGUGCCCUACUGUCGGACAUGUGGCAGAGUCAUGAGUAUCAAAGCCACCAAGAAGACCUCGAACGAGAUCAAAUACUGUUCAGAUCGAUGCCGAUCCCGGAAACCAGGAGCACUUGAUCGAAGAAUAGAAUCGACCAUAGCGUCUAUGCUCAACGAUGAAGCCGGAUCUGGAAUCGAGCAGACGGCCGCCAAGACUAAAGUUGUCAAAGGGGAUCCUCGACUGAUCGUGACCAUGGAUGAGAUCGAAGAAGUCAUUUUUGGGAGCAGAUUUGAUGCGGAGAAAGUGUAUGGUAGACGGAAGAAUCGCAAAUCUAGAGCUAUUCCUCUCAAAAACGGCGAAUGGAAAAGCGUAGACAUGGAGUCUGAAACCGAGGACGACAUCUCUACCCAGCGAGAAGAUAAGCACGACCAUCUUUCAGUCGGCGAGGAGAGCGUCGGCUCAAUACCUUCAAUAUCUUCUGUAGCUUCAGUCGAUGGUGGCGUCCGCAUACGUCCUCCUCAAGAAGAAUCCGAGAUCAACUUUGCUGCGGGAGGUGGCGAAAGAGGCAGGCAUGAGAAGAUCGAAGAAACUCCCGACGAUCUUCAGAAACGAAGAGAAGGCGCUAAGAGAGCUGAGGAGCGAGAGAUGGUGAGGCGGGCAGCGAGGCGAAUCAUCAUUUUUGGAGUCGACGGGACCACGGAGAUCAGGAGGGCAGAGGCACUGAUGGCAGGUAUGGUGGUCGAGCCGUCCUUUGCAAAAGGGAAUUGGGCGGUGAGAUGGAGAGACUGA